CAGUCUCCAGUUCUGGGAGAAAUUGCUCAAUAUCGCCAGGUAGACUCAGCGAGAGUGAGCGAAUGUGUUGGAUCUGCUAUGGCUUGGAACGUGAAGACGAACCCUCUCAGUGUUGGAUCCAUCCUUGUCGGUGCUGCGGCUCAAGCAAAUCCCCUUCUAUUAAUUCUGACUGCAGUAGAUCAGGCUGUUGACGUGUCGUCGACAUAUGUCUUCACCGGGGCAGUGAUAGGCUGUUUGUACUGGUCAGCAGUAACUUAUGGUGCACUAACCGUAAUGCAGGUGUGUGGACACGAGGCAGGACUGACGGCAAUGGAAAGAACAGAUCCAGUUGUACUGCUAUUGGGCUUGCCGGCCAUUCCAACCUGUUUGAUUGCCAUUCAUAUGGUGGAUUGGCAGAGUUGGUUUUUGAGGCUUUGGCGUAGUCGCGCCUAUAAGCUGGCGGUGAUUCAGUACCUACUUCCGAAAGAUAUCUGCCGUUCGCGAUUAGAGGAGGCGCGGGAUCCUGAAGGCGGCUCCACGAUUCCACGUAUCCUUUGCACUUCCCUUGCACUUCCCAGUUUUGCCGUCUUCUUUGGGCGUCUCCUCUUUAGUCGUGUUCAAUCGCGAAUUGGCCAAGCCAUUGCGGUGAGUGGUUGUUUCCAAGGCGGCGGGUUGUUCUACUUGGGAGUCACAGGCUUUCUACACAUCUAUCAGCGAGAGAUGACAUUCCUACGCAACUGUCGCCGACACAUUGUUGAGUACGACGGAGAGUAG